AUGGCCACAACGGCAGAGAACGGGAUCGCGGUUCCCAAACCCGCAAACGACGAGAACGCAGCCCCUGACAUCGCUAGCGCUCAGACAAAGCUGGGCGAUACUGUUACAGUGUUUCAUGACCCUAACAACUUCAACGUCAAACACCCGCUGAUGCAUGAGUGGACGCUGUGGUUUACGAAGCCGCCAAGCGGGAAGGGCGACAACUGGAACGAGCUCCUGAAAGAGGUCGUGACAUUUAAUUCUGUCGAAGAAUUCUGGGGCAUCUACAACAAUAUCAGCCCCACGUCCGAACUAGGUCUGAAAGCCGACUACCAUCUCUUUAAAAAGGGUGUCCGUCCCGAAUGGGAAGACCAGCAAAACAAACAUGGCGGAAAAUGGUCGUAUUCCUUCCGCGACAAGAAGAACGUCCCCAUCGAUGACCUCUGGCUACACGCCCAGCUCGCCGCUAUCGGCGAAACCCUCGAAAAUGACAAUGACAACGAGGUUAUGGGCGUCGUCGUAAACGUGCGUAAGGGAUUUUAUAGAAUCGGCCUAUGGACGCGGACAGUUGGCAAGAGCACCCCCGAGGGUCGCCCGGCGGAAAAAGGCAAGGAGAUUCUGCAUAACAUCGGAAGGAAGUUUAAGGAGGUGUUACGGCUGAAGGAGGAGGAGAUCUUGGAGUUUUCAGGACAUACGGAUAGUGCGCAUGCCGGAAGUACGAGGGCGAAGGCGAAGUUCACUGUCUGA